UCUCUGUCAGGGCGAAUAGUGGGUGGCGUGUGGUGGUUCUUCACCCUCAUCAUCAUCUCAUCCUAUACGGCCAACCUGGCUGCUUUCCUCACGGUGGAGAGGAUGGUUUCCCCCAUAGAGAGUGCUGAGGACCUGGCUAAACAGACUGAGAUCGCCUACGGAACACUGGAUGCUGGUUCCACCAAAGAGUUCUUCAGGGUGAGACCUGUGGUUUAGUCAUAGACACACACCUGUUUGACUAGCAUGUACAUGCAGUUUACACACACACACACACACACACACACACACACACACACACACACACACACACACACACACACACACACACACAGAUCCCCCUCCCCCCACACACAAUCCUAACCCCUCCUCUCUCCCCAGCGGUCUAAGAUUGCAGUGUUUGAGAAGAUGUGGUCGUACAUGAAGUCGGCCGACCCCUCAGUGUUUGUGAAGACCACAGACGAGGGAGUGAUGAGGGUCAGGAAGUCUAAAGGGAAGUACGCCUACCUGUUAGAGUCCACCAUGAACGAGUACAUCGAGCAGAGGAAACCCUGUGACACCAUGAAGGUCGGAGGGAACCUGGACUCUAAAGGAUACGGCAUCGCCACGCCCAAGGGCUCCUCCCUCAGGUAAUAACGUGUAACUACACCUCUGCCUCGGAGCUCGAAAUGGCUUAGGCAUCUUUUUUUGCAUGAAUGUUGUUUUUAUGGAGAUACUGGAUGCAUUCCAAAUGGCACCCUUUUCCCUAUAUUGUGCACUACUUUUGACCAAGGCCCACAGGGUUCUGGUCAAAGGUAGUGGACUAUGUAGGGAAUAGGGUACCAUUUGGGAUGCAACCACUAUAAACAUCAAACACUUGGCCCUGUAUGACACACUGUUGUAUCAGUGUCAUAAGCAGCAUGCAUGACCUAAUGUUAAAAGGUGUCUUUAUAUUUUCACCAUGGCAUUUUGACGUAAACUCUAUGACUACAAUCUUAGAAACAAAGGUGCUCUCUAGAACCUAAAAUGGUUCUUUGGCUGUCCCCAUAGGAGAGCCCUUUGAAUAACCCUUUUUGGCUACAGGUAGAAUCCUUUUUGGUUCCAUGUAAAAUCCUUUCCACAGAGGGUUCUACAUGGAACCCAAAAGGGUUCUCCUAUUGGGACAGCCGAAUAACCAUUUUAAGUUCCAGAGAGUACCUUUUUUUCUAAGACUGUAGUCAUAGAGUACCGUUUGAAACACUUUUUCUAAGUGUGUACUGUAGAGCUGAAUAUCUCUGUCUGUGUAACCUCUAUGACUACUGCAGAGCAGUAUAUCUAUGUGUCUGUGUAACCUCUAUGAGUAUUGCAGAGCUGUAUAUCUCUGUGUCUGUGAGAGCUGAAGCCUUGCUAAGCCCUUGACAUCCACCACCUGGGGUUUGGUCAGGCUGACCGGACUCUGAGUGCUUACAGAAGUUGUCUGUGGAAAUCUGACCCUCCCCUUUCUUUCCUCCUUCCUUCAGAAACACUAGUUCUCCUCUCCUUUAUACUCCUCUACUCCCCUCGACUCUCCUUUCUUCUCUUCUCUGUUCUCCUCUGUUCUCCUCUCUUCUCUGUUCUCCUCUCUCCUCUCUUUUCCUCUCUCUUCUGUUCUCCUCUCUCCUCUCUCCUCUCUCCUCUCUCCUCUCUUCUCCUCUCUCCUCUGUUCUCCUCUCUCCUCGGUUCUCCUCUGUUCUCCUCUCUCCUCGGUUCUCCUCUGUUCUCCUCACCUAUGUUCUCCUCUCUCCUCUGUUCUCCUCUGUUCUCCUCUCUCCUCGGUUCUCCUCUGUUCUCUUCACCUAUGUUCUCCUCUCUCCUCUGUUCUCCUCUCUCCUCUCACAGUCUGAGGCUCGUGUUGUUGUGUUCUAGUGCAGUUUUAUUUGGCCUGCUUCCUUUGAAGCCUAAACUACUCUCUCUCCCUCUCUUUCUCUCUCCCUCGCUCUCUCUCUGUCUCACCCUGUCUCACACACACACACACACACACACACACACACACACACACAAUGUAUCUGGGCAGAAGCUCUAUGUGGGACUACAUUUAAACAGACAUCUGUGUAGUGGUUUCACUACUACUCCUGUAAGCACUCAGAUCAUCAAUGCAGACUGAUGUUGUGAGGCUUUGAUGUGAAAUGAUUAGAAAAACUGAUUUUGUAUUUGUCAUUAUUUGUAUUAGAUGAUAACAGCAGACAACUCAACACCGCCUAACCUCACCUCUCAUGACUACAGUCCAUGUCUUACAUUUAUUCUGUUCCAUAAAGGGCUUGGAGGGGUCAAGUGGAGCUUUCACUUCAAUCAUAAUCAUCUCAAUUUAUUCAAUCAUAAUCAUCUCAAUUUAUUUUAAUGAGAAGUCUCCUAUGGGGAGAUUUCAUUUAGUGUCAUUGAAUAGUCAUUCAGUGGACUGUCUCAGUAGGCUGCCUGCACACAGCGAAGGUCCUCACUCACAAUCCAUCUCUCUCUCUCUCUCUCUCUCUCUCUCUCUCUCUCUCUCUCUCUCUCUCUCUCUCUCUCUCUCUCUCUCUCUCUCUCUCUCUCUCUCUCUCACUCACUCACUCACUCACACACACACACUCCUAACUCCUUCUCUCUCCCCCCACCGGUCUAAGAUCACACACACACACACACUGAGAGUGUGGUCGGUGGUAUUCACAGAUGUCUGAUACUGACAGAGAAGAUCAUUACUCAGAUAAUGUUUUGUAAGGGAGUCUGAGACUAUUUCAGACUGAAUGGUCUCCUUCAUUGAGAUGCCAUUGUUCUGUCUAGCCACUUAAGAUGUGGGCAAAUGAAGCCAUGCCAAUUAUAAAUUGUGUAUUUCUUCUCUGUCCGAAUCAGAAAUUAGUGAACACCCCCUUUUUUGUUUACUGAGGGCUCUGUUCAAUCAAAUGUGCCUUAGAGGUGUUGCCUGCUGACAUACAGUAUCUUGGUUCUCACACAGGACACGUUCUGAAUCUAUAAGCAUAUACCUGUGAGGAGAGUCUACUGAAUAUUCUCACAGUUUCUGAAACCAUUCUACAGUAUUAUUUAAGUACAGUCAAUAUGAGAUACGAUGCCAGUUUGAUUGAAUUCAUCUCUCAGAGUUGCUACAUUAACAACUCUUCAUUUGACAGGAUCUCAACUGUUGUUAGCCUGAAGACUUCUUCACUACUGUGAAAUACUGUUGUUGUAUUUUGACCUUGUCCUAGCUCCAUCUCUGAUGUGUACUGUACAAUGUAUUGUUCUCGGGUGGGUUAGCUACAACCUUGGUAGCUCAAGUAGUAUGUUAUCUCCCCAACACAGCUGCACCAGGUGCGAGACAAUAACUAUUAUAAAAUCAAUGUUUGAUGGUAGUCUACAUCUUCUAUGGUAUGGAUGAACAAUUUACAUUUGUAAAAUGAAGCUGAAGCCAUUUGAUGUUUGAGAUGUGGCUUGAUUCUUGAAAUACUGUAACAUACUUCUUAAGCUACGAAGGCUGUUGGGAAAACCCACUCCUCUUUUAACCCCAUUCCUGCCUUCUAUCCCCAUCCCACCACCAAGCACUCUGUAGCCUCAUCUACACGACCUCUAACCUCUAACCCACCACCAAGCACUCUGCCGCCUCAUCUACUCGACCUCUAACCUCUAACCCACCACCAAGCACUCUGCCGCCUCAUCUACUCGACCUCUAACCUCUAACCCACCACCAAGCACUCUGCCGCCUCAUCUACUCGACCUCUAACCUCUAACCCACCACCAAGCACUCUGUAGCCUCAUCUACUCGACCUCUAACCUCUAACCCACCACCAAGCACUCUGUAGCCUCAUCUACUCGACCUCUAACCUCUAACCCACCACCAAGCACUCUGUAGCCUCAUCUACUCGACCUCUAACCUCUAACCCACCACCAAGCACUCUGUAGCCUCAUCUACUCGAUCUCUAAAGUCUAACCCACCAACAGGGUAAUUAAUAUCUGAAUAAACACAAAAACUCCAUGUCUGACUCUAACCUGGAUAGAAGAAUUCAAGGGGUUAUACUGAAAAAGAAAGAAGAGAGAGAAGAAGAAAAAGCGAAAAGAGAGAGAAGCGAAAGAAAUAAAUUUAUAGCAGAGAGAAGAGACCAAAGGUUUCCCCCCCCCUUUUUUUUUUUCCCCCCCCCCCCCCUUUUUUUCUUUUUUAAGAGGUUUAACGAAAUUUCCCCUUUUCUUUUAUUAUUUUGGGCCCCCUUCUUUUGCCUUUUUUAUUUUUCUUGUUUUUUUUGUUUUUUUACCUUUUUGGGGUUUUGGUUUUCUCCUCCCUUUCUAGCUAAUAAAUUUCAGCUGGGAAAGGAGUAAGUGUACUCUAAGGAUUUUACACUCAACCACAAACAUAUUUGUUUUGAUCAAAUGCUAUAAAGGGGGCCCCUCAUUUUUCUUGACCCCUUUAAAUUCCGGUCCUAAAGGGGGUUUUUGGGGUUUUUGUUCUCUAUUUCCAUAGCAAGCCAUAUCCGCAUAGUGGAAACAUUGAAAGGACCUGAGCAUCUACAGACAGGCAGGCAGGCUUCCAAAUCUGAAGCAUCUCUCCAUGAUAUCUACUCUCUCCCUCCUCUAAGACGUCCUGUCCUCUAUGUGGUUAAACCUGACUCAAGUAUGGCCAGCAAGCAUUUCAGUCCGUUGAGAUAUAUAAGUAAUAUACUGUAUAUCAAGCAUUUAGAAUGCCCAAACUCAAGAUCAACCCUGCUCCAUAGUAUAUUCACUCCAUAUAUCGCCAUAGUCUUAGCCAAGCAGGUGGUGUAAUCUAGCGAUUCAACAUUCAUAAUCAGAACCACUGUACAGACUAUUUAUGUACCUGUCCAUAUACUCUUUCAAAUGCUAACCCACUUAUCACUAUUAAAAUAUAGCUCCAACAUUUUCAUAAUCACUCUGUACAGUAUAAAUAUAUAUUUAUAUACCUGUCCAUAAUAUACAGUACUAUUUCCUAACCCAGUAAAACUGACCCAGUUAUGAUUGUAUCUAUUAUCAUUCUAAAGAAACCCUGUUAACCUGGCCGUGUUAAAACUGAACGAGCAAGGCCUGUUGGACAAACUGAAAAACAAAUGGUGGUACGACAAGGGCGAGUGUGGCAGCGGGGGCGGGGACUCCAAGGUCAGAACCCUGUUUCAACCAACCACGCUGAUCCACCAGGGGGGUAACUGGCCAAUCACAAAGCUGCUCAGACACUCUGGAUGGCAACACUUCCUGACAACUCUGUAUGGUGGGUAAAGGGGGGGGGGGUUAAAACACAAGAGAGACACAUUAUAUUUUAUAUCUCCCUAGCUAUGGAUAGGUCUAUGGCCCCAACUUCAACACAUAGGGUAACAGGUGCUUCAACUCUGUGUGUACGGGCCAACUUAAAACUACAGAGAGACAUCAUACUCUCUCCAAGAUAACCUACUCUAGUCCUUCUGGGAGGAGGGUGUCUGGAAUUGGCACAGUUUGUAUUUUAGUAGCCCCUCCCUUACACUAUUCUCAUGAAUAAGUAAGGAUAGCAUGCAUUCAUGCGUAGGAUCCCUGUCAAGCUGAUACAAAUGGCCUCACUGAAGAUUCAACAGACACAAAGAGCAGAAUUGGGUUUGUUUGUAUCUCUGUGCCCAAGCAUGUCCUACUAACUAGACACUCCUACAGCUUUUAAAGGGGAAUAGAAUCCAGAAUCAGAAUAUUUUCUGACGUGUUGUGUUCCGUAACAGAGGGUCCACAGCUAGUGCGCCGGUUACCCAAAGUGAUAUAGUAAUACACAUCUACUAUCGUACAGUACAGUAGGGAGACAGAGCCCACAGAGAUAGAUGGAGUAUUAACACAUAUCACUUUGACUCUGAUGUACAUGUAUGUUCCUAAUGAUGUUGAUGUGUACUUAAUGUAUUUGCCUGUGAGUGAACGUGUGUGUGAGGGUUCAAACUUCUUACCAGUGACACAGCUAAAGUGCAGUAAACCUUGGUGCGUAGAUGUGGUAUAUGAUUGGAAAUGUUCUGAAUGACUGACAUAAGAUAACAUAUGUUAUGCUAUGUUAUUUAUGUUAUGGCCCUGCCCUGCCCUGCCCUGGGUGUGGUGUGGGUGUACGUGCAGGAUCCCGGUAAACCUAGCCGUGUUGAAGCUCAAUGAGCAGGCCGUCUUAGACAAACUAAAGAACAAAUGGUGGUACGAUAAAGGAGAGUGUGGCAGCAACGACUCCGGACGCAAGGUCAGUCACACACUAUAACUCAGUCCUUAUACCCCCAAACACACCCGCAUAAAACCCCUGAUCCUAGACCAGUCCUUAUACCCCAAACACUCCUCACAUCCUCCUCAAAACCCCUGAUCCAAGACCAGUCUGAAACUAUCGCUCUCUCUCUCUCAGUUCACUUAGACAUGCCACUGGUUCUCAUUAGUAUAGUGACUGAGAUUGGUGGACUCAAAAUCAAUUUCUGUCGCUCUCUUUCUCUCUCUCUCUCUCUCUCUCUCUCUCUCUCUCUCUCUCUCUCUCUCUCUCUCUCUCUCUCUCUCUCUCGCUCUCUCUCUCUCUCUCUCUCUCUCUCGGAGCCAAUCACUGUUCUCUCUAUCUCCACACUGAUGUUCUCUCCAUAAUGAGGCCAAGGAGUGAAUGAACUACUAACCUUGAUGGUUGAGGUGAAACAGUGGGGUUUACGGUUGUUAAAUCAAAUCAUAUGCUGUGAUACACAAGAACAUAUACUGUCUGCUCCUUAUUGCAGAACAUCAGCCGCGUACGCAGUACCUCUAAGCAAUACAAUUAGGCAUGAGUGUUCUUUGAAGAGAGCGUAACAUUCACUUUUUAUUUCCCUCGACUGAUCUGUGAGGUUGUUUUAACAUAUGAGGUCGAUCUUGUUGGUAUAGCCAAGGUAAUAUAGGAGGGAAAUCACAGGCAUCCCUCAUGUAAGAGAGUCAGAAUGAGAUUUCCUGAUGUGUAGUACUACAUUAUGCUGAAGUACAUUAUUGUAAAGUGCACUCUGCUGAUCUAGCCAAUAUCAACCAGAGAUAAUAGAAACAUACAGAGAACACAUAGCUGUUGUCAACAGAGUGGUAAAGCAGACGGGCAGAGAACACAUAGCUGUUGUCAGCAGAGUGGUAAAGCAGACGGGCAGAGAAGACAACAAAGAACAUAGUAAGGUUCUAGAAUCUACAUGAACCACGAUGGGACUGAGUUGUGUCUGAAAUGGCAACCUAAUUCUCUAUACAGGGCACUUAGGAUGCCAUUUUGGAUGCAGCCUGGAUGUCAGUGUAGAGAGAGAGAGAGUGUAUGAUUUUUAUUUGACUGACGGACCCUGUGAAAGGCUCAGACCACUUCUAACCCCUGUCUCCUAACAUGACCCUGCCCUGAAACACCCCAAAACGUCCUCUCCACCCCAGCCUGCCUGAUCUGGUUCUACCCUCUCCAGUGUGAGAGGUGCACCCCACCCAAAACCAAUGAAACCUACAGAUAAUAUUCAGCCUAGCAACCCCUAAGCCUCGCGAGCCAGCCUGAUCCUGCAAGCAUACAUAAAUGAUUAAGCUUGCCAGAUCAGGCUGUCUCGUGAGGCUUGCAACCCCCUACACCCAACAUAACCCUAAAGCAGAAUCAGGGAGUUUGAUAAUGAUCCGAUUGUCUUGACCUGCAUGGUUUCUCACCACUGAGAAUGAUCCAACGGCCUCAACCCUCCUCAACCCUCAACCCCAGAAUGAUAACCAGAGUUUAUCUGUUAUAAAUAGAGAAUAAAUAUACUUAAAUGUUUUAGAUGGAUAUAUACUGUAGACUAACAUGAUAACUGGUCAUCCCACAAUAUGUGGGUUAAAGUGAAUUUAGACUCCUGCCUGUUAAAUUAAUGCUGCAUGAAUGCAUGGAUCUUAUGAGGAUUUGACUCAAGUUUUAUUGUAAUGAAAAAUGCACUUGAUCUAAACCCCCUCAGAAAUGAAGAAAGGAAAUUGAUAUAAACUUAGACUAGCUAUUCAAGUACUACGUGUGUGUCUGAGUGCAGAGUGAGUGGGCGAUUUACUAUGUCAAGUUAGUUUCAAAGAAUAGUUAGUUUAAGUAUUUUAAAUAGUUUCUUAAUGAAGCCAGAGAGUAAUAUCAGUAGUAUGAAGUUGCACGUGUUGUUUAGUGAGUAUUAUCUUGUCUACCUGUAUUUCGUUUGGGUUAGUUAACUAAGCAGGGCAGAACUGUUAUGUGUUUUCUGGGAGUCCUGACACCUGUCUGUCAGUCUGUCUGUAUGUGUGUGUGUGUGUGUGUGUGUGGUGUGUGUGUGUGUGUGUGUGUGUGUGUGUGUGUGUGUGUGUGUGCGCAUUUGUUUGUCUCUAUGUGCAUGCUGUUUGUGCAUGUUUUUUUGUAUGCAAAGUAUGUAUUUAGUAUGUGUUUCUGUGUUUGUCAAUAUUUACUUAUAUGGUGUUUGUAUCUAUGGUGUCAGUGUGUAUGUAAUGUAUGUAUGUCCCCUCCCCUCACUCCUCCUCACCCCGUCUCUCUCCGCCCCCCCCCCAGGAUAAGACGAGUGCGUUGAGCCUGAGCAACGUGGCCGGAGUGUUCUACAUUCUGAUUGGAGGGCUAGGCCUGGCCAUGCUGGUGGCGUUGGUGGAGUUCUGCUACAAGUCGCGAACUGAGUCUCAGAGAAUGAAGGUGUCCACCACGCGAGCCGCUGCCGCAUCCGUCGCUCAGACCUUUCAGUGCUCAGCCUUAGACACAGGGGGCGCUACCGCUCCUUACACAGAGCUGCAGAGCUACGGCCUGUACUCCAACAACACUGUUAAGAUAUAAGAGAGAGAGGACAGAGGACACGGGGUAGGAAACUGUGAUACCAUGAUGAUGAUGAUUGAUGAUGAUGAUGUUGAUAUCAUCUGCCUCGUCUUCCUCCUCCUCUUCCUCACCCCUCCCUCCAGCCAUCUAACCGUGUGAUCACAGUAGGCCCACCUGUAGCACCUCACUGCUUCUCAACCGCAACACAAAGUCUCUACCUCUGUACCUCCUUCUAUACCCUUUUACCUCUCUGUCUGUCUCUUUCUCUCUACCUGUCUCUGUCUCUGUCUCUGUCUCUGUCUCUGUCCCUUAAUCUUUCUCUUUCCUUCCUUCCUUCCUUCCUUCCAUCCUUCCAUCCUUCCAUCCUUCUUUCCUUCUUUCCUUCUUUCCUUCCUUCCUUCCUUCCUUCCUUCCUUCCUUCCUUCCUUCCUUCCUUCCUUCCUUCCUUCCUUCCUUCCUUCCUUCCUUCCUUCCUUCCUUCCUUCCUUCCUUCCUCCCUCCCUCCCUCCCUCCCUCUUCCCUCCCUCCUCCCUCUUCCCUCCCUCCUCCCUCUUCCCUCCCUCCCUCCUCCCUCUCUCCCUCCUUCCUCUUCUGCUGACUCUGUGUUGUAGUGCAGGUCCAUUGUAGUAACAUCCUAUCUAUGUUAUCACCCACUAUGAGGCUAAACUGCUGUAACAGAGAUGAUAAAAACAGAUAAAUUAUAGAUUCUAUGGUAUGCCUCUCUGUCAAAUCAGCUUUUUGGACAGAUAACGCAAGCUUACAACUAAAGGCUGAUACACUACCAGUCAAAAGUUUGGACACACCUACUCAUUCAAGGGUUUUUCUUUAUUUUUACUAUUUUCUACAUUGUAGAAUAAUAGUGAAGACAUCAAAACUAUGAAAUAACACAUAUGGAAUUAUGUAGUAACCAAAAAAGUGUUAAACAAAUCAAAAUAUAUUUGAGAUUCUUCAAAAAGCCACCCUUUGCCUUGAUGAAAGCUUUGCACACUCUUGGCAUUCUCUCAACCAGCGUCAUUAGGUAGUCACCUGGAAUGCAUUUCAAUAAACAGGUGUGCCUUCUUAAAAGUUAAUUUGUGGAAUUUCUUUCCUUCUUAAUGCGUUUGAGCCAAUCAGUUGUGUUGUGACAAGAUAGGGGGGGUGUACAGAAGAUAGUCCUAUUUGGUAAAGCACCAAGUCCAUAUAAUGGCAAGAACAGCUCAAAUAAGCAAAGAGAAAUGACAGUCCAAAGAGACAUGAAGGUCAGUCAAUACGGAACAUUUCAAGAACUUUGAAAGUUUCUUCAAGUGCAGUUGCAAAAAUUAUCAAGCGCUAUGAUGAAACUGGCUUUCAUGAGGACCGCCACAGGAAUGGAAGAUCCAGAGUUACCUCUGCUGCAGAGGAUAAGUUCAUUAGAGUAUUUUAUUUAUUUAUUUGAUUUUUUCAUUAGAGUUACCAGCCUCAGAAAUUGCAGGCCAAAUAAAUGCUUCAAAGUGUUCAAGUGACAGACACAUUUCAACAACAACUGUUCAGAGGGUACUGUGUGAAUCAGGCCUUCAUGGUCAAAUUGCUGCAAAGAAACCACUACUAAAGGACACCAAUGAGAAGGAGAGACCUGCUUGCGCCAAGAAACACAAGCAAAAUUUGAGAUUUUUGGUUCCAACCGCCGUGUCAUUGUGAGACGCGGUGUGGGUGAACGGAUGAUCUCCGCAUGUGUAGUUCCCACCGUAAAGCAUGAAGGAGGAGGUGUUAUGGUGUGGGGGUGCUUUGCUGGUGACAUUGUGAUUGAUUUAGAAUUCAAUCUGGUUUGGGCUUAGUGGGACUAUCAUUUGUUUUUCAACAGGACAAUGACCCAACACACCUCAAGGCUGUGUAAGGGCUAUUGUACCAAGAAGGAGAGUGAUGGAGUGCUGCAUCAGAUGACCUGGCCUCCACAAUCCCCUGACCUCAACCCAAUUGAGAUGGUUUGGGAUGAGUCGGACCGCAGAGUGAAGGAAAAGCAGCCAACAAGUGCUCAGCAUAUGUGGGAACUCCUUCAAGACUGUUGGAAAAGCAUUCCAGGUGAAGCUUUUUGAGAGAAUGCCAAGAGUGUGCAAAGCUGUCAUCAAGGCAAAGGGUGGCUAUUUGAAGAAUCUCAAAAAUAAAAUAUAUUAUGAUUUGUUUAACACUUUUUUGGUUACUACAUGAUUCCAUAUGUGUUAUUUCAUAGUUUUGAUGUCUUCCCUAUUAUUCUACAAUGUAGAAAAUAGUAAAAAUAAAGAAAAACCCUUGAAUGAGUAGGUGUGUCCAGACUUUUGACUGGUACUGUAUAUCGUAACAAACAAUAGGUUGACUGACAGUAGUUUUUAUUAUUAGAACCUGAUAGCAGCUCUAGAACACCAUACAAACACACACACACACUGCUUUUGAGAACCAACCAAUUAUAGUAGUGUAGCGUUGUAGCCUAAUUCUUCCCACACGCUCAGGUUGCACUGGAAUUAAAUCAUUUAUAUACGGAGGACACAGGAAAGUCAGGAGCUAGCUGCCACAUACACACACAGGAGUUACACACACACACACACACACACACACACACACACACACACACACACACACACACACACAGGAGUUACACACGCACACACUCACACACACACACACACACACACAGGAGUUACACACAAACACACACACUCACACACACACACACACAGGAGUUACACACGCACACACACACACUCACACACACACACACACACACACACACACACACACACACACACACACACACACACACACACACACACACACACACACACACACACACACACACACACACACACACACACACACACACACACACACCAUUAGCUCCACUUUCAGCCCCAUUGGCUUUUUAUUGUAUUAGACUGUAGCUCAGAGCAAUGAGGCCAAAGACAGAAAGAGAUUCAGUUCUACCAUCGCCGCUCAGAGUUUAGCUGCCUUCUCCUCUUUCCCUGCAAAUUGGGAGCCAUCAGAGCGGUUUACUGCUCCGCGCCAGUAACAGUCAGUAGCUAGAUAAAGACGAUAAAAGAUAACACUUUGUGUCCCAAAUGGCACCCUAUUCUCUAUAUAGUGUUCUACUUUUGACCAGAGCCCAUAGGGUUCUAUAGAGAAUAGGGUACCAUUUGGGAGGCUUAAAAACAAAGGUGUCAUUGUAUGCUGAUUCAUGUUUUCUUUUAAAUCCACAAUUUGGAUCCCUCCACAGCCUUAUAGAGGAUCUAGAUAAUUUUUCUAACCUCUCUGUAUUACAACCAAAUUAUGAUGUGUACUAUAUUACGUAUUGGAUCACUAAAAAAUACAACUUUUACAUUACCGUGUAGUUUACCAAUAAAAUGGUCUGACGGUAAAGUGGACAUACUCAGUAUUUAUAUCCCGAAAAAUAAAUAAAUGGUAUCACUACAAUACAUUUUAAUGAGUGGCGCAGUGGUCUAAGGCACUGCAUCGCAGUGCUAACUGUGCCACUAGAGAUCCUGGUUCGAAUCCAGGCUCUGUCGCAGCCGGCCGCGACCGGGAGACUCAUGGGCGGCGCACAAUUGGCCCAGCGUCGUCCAGGGUAGGGGAGGGAAUGGCCGGCAGGGAUGUAGCUCAGUUGAUAGAGCAUGGCGUUUGCAACGCCAGGGUUGUGGGUUCGAUUCCCAUGGGGGGCGAGUAUAAAAAAAAAAUGUAUUCACUAACUGUAAGUCGCUCUGGAUAAGAGCGUCUGCUAAAUGACUUAAAUGUAAAUGUAAAUGGAUGCACCCAUUUUCUGCCAAACAGUUACCAUCAUAAUGGAGACAUGAUAGUUGCUUCUAGCCUAUUCAUAUAUGCCUGUAUUUAGUUACACAUUCAUUCACACAACUAAUAUUGUUAAUAUAUUCCAGUAUUCCUGUGGACAAAUCAAAUACAAGGGGAUCAAAUGGAGGGCUGUGUAUUCCAGUAUUCCUGUGGACAAAUCAAAUACAAGGGGAUCAAAUGGAGGGCUGUUGAUACAAUAAAGACCUUGUGGUUGAAACUUCAGCAAAUUACAAGACACUUAUAAUAUAAUACAAUAUUAUUCUACUGUAUUAUAAUACUAUGAUAUUGUUAUAUUUUAUUACAUUAUUGUUAUAUUACACCAGCCUAUCCUCUUGUCUUUGUUAGAGUCUAAAUACCCAGGAGAUAUGUACAGUAUUUACCUGGUAGGGCUAACAUCUGUUUAGAUGACCAGUAUUACUGGGAGCCCAUAGACAGUAUUUACCUGGUAGGGCUAACAUCUGUUUAGAUGACCAGUAUUACUGGGAGCCCAUAGACAGUAUUUACCUGGUAGGGCUAACAUCUGUUUAGAUUACCAGUAUUACUGGGAGCCCAUAGACAGUAUUUACCUGGUAGGGCUAACCUCUGUUUAGAUGACCAGUAUUACUGGGAGCCCAUAGACAGUAUUUACCUGGUAGGGCUAACAUCUGUUUAGAUGACCAGUAUUACUGGGAGCCCAUAUACAGUAUGCAUGCAUGGCUGUGACUGUCGUCUUGUCUUGUUGUCCAACUCUGUUGCCAUCUUCUCUCUCUGUUAUCUGCAGCAGAACAUCAACGACGCCAUGCACUGCUCCACCAUGACCAGAAUGGGCGGGAAUGGGAACGGGAACGGGAACGGGAACGGGAACGGGGGAGGAGGAGAAAAUGGACGCAUCCUAACUCUCCCCUGCAUGAGCCACACCGCCAGCAUGGGGCUCAGCGCCUCCGGCAUG